AUGGCGACUACUCCAGUACUCGUUUUUGGCGGAGCGACCAUCGUCGCGGAUGGAAGUUUUGCAAACGCUUCAGAAGUCUCAAGUCUGUUCGAAGUCCUCAAAUCAGAAGGCAUCAAUCAGCUUGAUACCGCUCAAUCUUACGGCGGUGGCACUAGUGAGAAACUCAUCGGUGAGGGCCAAGGCUUGUCCGAAUUUCUUGUCGAUACCAAGCAUGUCGGAGGUUGGUUCCCAGGAAGCUCAUCACGCAAGGAGGUUUUUGAGAGAGCAAUCAUCAGUUUGGAGAGACUUGGAGUUGAGAAAGUGAACAACUUUUAUCUUCAUGCUCCUGACCCGAAUGUACCUCUCGAGGAAACUCUAGCUGGUGUCGAUGAUCUCUACAAAGCAGGGAAAUUCAACAACUUUGGCCUAUCCAAUUUCAAUGCCGACGAGAUCAAAGACGUCGUACGCAUCGCGACCGAGAAAAACUACGUUCUCCCCAAUGUCUACCAAGGGAACUUCAGCGCAGUUUCUCGCCAGGUAGAGAAGGAUAUCCUUCCAACCCUGCGCGAGAAUAACAUCGCAUUCUAUGCCUACAGUCCCAUCGCAGGCGGCUUCCUCACCAAAACCACCGCCCAGUUGACGUCCGGUACCAAAGGAGAGGGCCGUUGGGACCCCCAGUCAAAAAUGGGAUCACUUUAUCACACUUUAUACGGAAAACCCACUUUCUUCGAGGCAUUGGACAAGUGGAACGAGAUAUCCCAGGCGACAGGUAUUCCUAAGGCUGCGCUUGCAUAUCGAUGGGUGGCGUUCCAUUCGGCCCUCGAUGCAGGACUUGGUGAUGGACUCGUCAUUGGUGCUAGCAGCUUAAAUCAAGUGAAGCAGACUGCUGCUGCACUUAGAGAUGGACCUCUGCCUGACAAUGUGGCAGAGCAGAUCUCGGAUCUGUGGGAGAUUGUGAAGAAUGAUGCGGUUACUAAUAACUUUGAUGUCCUCAGAGCGACUUAG